AUCGACUACGCAUGCGUCGCACGAGUGUUCCAUGAUGCUGGGAUUGGAGGAUUACGUGGAGUUCUUUCUUCUUCCGGCUAUUUUUCUGAGUGUUUUUGGUCGAACCAGUGGUGUUCACGAGUUUCAGGCAUUUAGGAUGCAGCAGUUUGACCUGCACGGCUCUCCUCAUGGCUGUCGAAGUGCGUACAUUAACAUGGAAGCGAGGCCCGCCAUGGCUCGUAUGCUUGGUAGACGCUGCGUGAUGAUUCGUCUGGCUGCGUUGACACUCGACAAAUUUCGAGAGCUCGGAAUAUCAGGAGCUGGAGCGGUCGUCGUGCUUCUGCCGACGAAUUUGUCGGACGUCUCUCAGGAGGUUUUGCAAAAUUGGAUAGAACUCGAGCACGGAUUACUAGAGGACCCUAUCAACAUACCCGUAUACUUUGUCUACGAAGACAGUAACGUACGAAAAGUCUACAAUGACAUAUCGGGUGCCACCACAGCCGAUCAGGCCUCCUCGGCUGCAGCCGCUUUGUUAGACAUAUUUUCCACUUAUGGUUAUCAAAUCGCGACUGCCGCUUCCGAAUCGAAGCCUCUGAAGGAUGUCGUCAUUCCCAGCAUUCAGGGAAAACUGAUUGGACGAGGUGUAGAAGAGCAGCUGCCCACGAUAGCCAUUGUCGCACAUUAUGAUACCUACGGCAUCGCUCCGAAUUUGGCUAAAGGAGCCGAUUCGAAUGGAAGCGGUGUAGCUGCACUGUUGGAAAUGGCUCGAAUAUUUUCUCGGUUGUAUUCGAAUCCGAAGACACACGCUGGCUACAAUAUUGUCUUCUUGCUAUCGGGUGGAGGCAAGUUCAAUUUUUUGGGAACCAAAAAGUGGAUAGAAGAGCAGCUAGACGAAAAUCGGUUACAAGAUGCCGAGUAUGUGUUGUGUCUGGACAGCAUUGGGCAUACGUCGGACCUUCACAUCCACGUUUCUAAACCACCCAAAGAGGGAAGCCGAGCACAUUUUCUAAUAGCGGGGUUCAAGGAGGCAGCCACACGACACACUCCCUCAGUUAACUUCACUCUUGUUCAUAAGCGUGUCAAUCUUGCCGACGAGCAACUGUCUUGGGAGCACGAGGCGUUUUCACUGAGACGUGUUGCUGCCGGGACGAUCUCUGGCUGGGACGAACCAGACGUGAUGGAACGAGGAUCGAUUUUCGAUCAGAGUUCGACUGACGUCGUGAAGAAUGUAGUACAAAAUGUGGAAAUACUGUCUGAAGGGUUAGCUAGACACGUGUUUGCGUUGAAUCGAGAGAAUGCCAAAGCAGCUAAUCUCAUAAGCGGAGAGUGGUCGGUUAAUGGCAAUCACUUGAAAGCGUGGAUCAAUCAGCUGUCGUCAGUACCAAGAGCCGCUCAACUGAUAGGAAAAAACCAUCCACUCCUUCUCACACUAGAACAAGGACUUAGUCGCCAUGUGAAAGACGUGAAGAGAUACUAUUAUAACUUGAAUAAACAGGAACCGGAAGUAGUGUUUUAUGACGUCACCUCAACCACUCUUUAUGCAUACAGCAUUAAGCCGGCUCUGUUCGAUUUAUUCUUGACUGCUGGAAUAGCCGCAUACCUCGGCGUUGUAUUUGCCAUUAUACAAUAUUUUGGUGCAAUAGUCGAGUUUCUGUCGCAGACUAUAUCAAGACCAAAGACAGUGUAGUGUACGUAAUACAUUAGAUUAUUAGCAUUAUAUUUCCGUAUUCAAUUAGUGGGACGGUGGUCAUUCGGAAGGUAUUGCUGUAUUACACACAACAUGUUUCGAAGUGUGUCAUUUGGUCUGUUUUUAGUAUUAUAUGUACAGUAUGUGCAGCAAGAUGCACCCGUACUAUUGCUAAUACGUAGAGACCUGCAUGCUCUAUAGCUGUGUGUGGAAAUCUCUAGAGUUUCGAACCAGGACAAACCCUAGAGCCUCGACGGCGUGGUAGCCUGUCUGGCAUUCUCUUUCCAAAACGACGUCGUGGUCUUGCCGCACAGCAUCGUAGCAUAUUAUCAUGACAAGAGGAGUCAUAUUUGGAAUGCGUAGUGUAGGCUUAGCCGACCAACUCCAGCCGGCAGUGCGUAGCAUCUGAGAUUUCUUAGUGCAGUUAGCCGUGUCGACGGUGAGAAAGUGGUCUCGAGUGUCGUUGUUGUAGCACUCGAAAACGGAAAGAGUGUUUUGCUCUAUUUUAGCUGUCGCAAGGUAGGCGACAGACCGGUUUUUCACGCUGUACCCACUCUGGUGAGGCACCAUGGCCGACGUCGCCCACGUGUCGUUAUCCUUGUCGUUGUACCAAACAGCUAGAGCUCCCAAGACGGGUAGAGAGAAGAAAUCGUCGUUGACGUUACUGGCGUUCAUAUU